GGAGUAAGAAAGAGAAAGAUAAGAGAGAGAGAUGGCAAUUCAGCUGAAACUGUUCCACACAACCUUCUCCACCACCCCUCACCGGUUCUCAACCACGCAAACAAAUGCAGUUUCCGGCAAAGCCCAGCAACUCAUACAAUCGGGCACGGUCCGACCCGUACUGCCAAAGGAAGCAGCCUCAGCAAUGAAGUCCGAAGGCUACAUUCUUCUGGACAUCAGGCCGGAGUGGGAGAGAGAGAAGGCACGCGUUUCCGGGUCGCUGCACGUGCCGCUCUUCGUCGAGGACAUGGAUAAUGGCCCCUUGACUCUCCUGAAGAAAUGGGUUCACUUUGGGUACAUUGGGCUGUGGACUGGCCAGAAUUUUACGAUGAUAAAUCCUGAUUUUGUUCAGCAAGUGGAAGUGAAGGUUCCUGAUAAGGAAUCUAAGCUCCUCGUGGCUUGUGGAGAAGGACUAAGGUCUAUGAUGGCGGCUUUGAAACUGCACGAAGGAGGAUACCGUAACUUGGGAUGGUUGGCCGGAGGAUUCACACGCUCCAAAGACGAUGAUUUCUCUGGUGUAGAAGGUCCUGAAAAGUUGCAGUACGCCACGAUUGGGGGCGUGUCCUAUUACUUCCUUAAGUUAAUCAUACUUCUACAAGCUGUGGGGAAGAGAGGAGCUAAAACCUUCUGAAGUUGUGGCACUACUGCUUAGUCUUGUCUCAUGCUUUCUCGCUUGAAACAGAAAAAGGCAUUAUGAGCUAAGUUGAGCUUGUAAAUUUAUUGGUUGCUCUUCUACCUCUUCCCGGCCCUAUGAAUUUUACUAAGGCCAUAACACCCCAAAUUCCCAAUCACUGAAGCACAUUUUUGGAUCCGGCUAGUAGAAAGCCGGUAUGUGUGAACCAAUGAGAUCGCUACUUACAUGGAUUUGGCCCGAUAAUUACUUUGAAUGUAUGGGAUGAGGAGAUUCAAAACCA